UCAUCAUCAUCAUCACCAUCGCUUCCUUUUAACGUCAGCCCCGUCAUCUCCACCAUCACCAAAUGGGAGGAGCGCGCGCGGAGCGCAGCCAGCCCCGUGCGUGUGUCAGAGGGCCGCAGCGCGCUGCAGAUGAAGCAUGGCAGGCGACAGCGAGACAAAGCCAGGUGACCAAGCCGAAAAUGAGACCGUUCAUCGGCAGCCUUUUCUCAUCGGAGUGGCUGGAGGGACAGCCAGCGGCAAGUCGUCGGUGUGCGGUAAGAUCAUGGAGCUGCUGGGCCAGAACGAGAUCGACCACCACCAGCGGCAGGUGGCCAUCCUCAGCCAAGACAGCUUCUACAGGGUCCUCACCCCGGAGCAGAAGGCCAAGGCCCUCAAGGGCCAGUUCAACUUCGACCACCCAGAUGCUUUUGACAACGAUCUCAUAAUCGCAACUUUGUGGGACAUCAAGGAGGGAAAAACUGUUCACAUUCCUGUUUAUGACUUUGUGUCCCAUUCCAGGAAGGAGGAGACAGUGACGCUGUACCCUGCUGAUGUGGUGCUGUUUGAGGGCAUCCUGAUGUUCUACUCUCAGGAGAUCAGGGACCUUUUCCAGAUGAAGCUGUUUGUGGACACCGAUGCAGACACACGUCUGUCCCGAAGAGUGCUGCGAGAUAUCAGUGAACGCGGACGGGACUUGGAGAGCGUUUUAGCACAGUACAUCACUUUUGUCAAACCUGCGUUUGAGGAGUUCUGCCUGCCGACGAAGAAAUACGCCGAUGUGAUCAUACCGAGAGGAGUCGACAACCUCGUUGCCAUAAAUCUGAUAGUUCAGCACAUCCAGGACAUCCUAACCGGCGGUUUGACCAAACGGCUGAACGCCUGGUUUAACGGCUGCGGAAACGCAAAGAAGCAGCCGAACAUGGAGUCCAGCAGUCGUCCUCACUGAGCGCAGCGAGGACAGGACGUUCAGAACGGACUCUGCGCUGCGGACAACAAGGCACGCGUAAAAGGCCUCUCUUCAGUGUGAUUCAGAUUGGACUGAAAUGAAUAAACCAAACCCCUUUGCGGAGCUGGUUUAAAGGCCGUUUUCAGCUAUAUUUUUGUCUUUCUGUACUGUAUGAGAUCGAAGGGGGGAGAAAUAAAAGGGGCUACCUUGUAAUUUAAUUUAAAACUGCUGCUUGCCUUUACCACCGCACUGAAACUAACUACAGAAGCAGUUAUGGUGUCUAUAAAUAAAAAAUAAAAAAAAAGAUUUCUGAACACUU